AAGCGCACACGGGUCUGUGAGCGCACGAUCCGAACAACCCUCUUGAUACAGACAGCUGUUUUGCCUUCUUUACUAGAGAUACGGUUGACAACUCACACGUACAAGGGCGAUGGACGGUCCGGUUUUCCCGGGUUAUCUGAGAAGUAUGUGAAUUUUCCGAAUUUGAACACAUUUUGAGAAAUUGGAAUAAGAACCGCUACAAUGUCACAAGUGGAGGUUGAAAUAGCUGGACGCGGCUUCCCAAGCCUCUCCGUCGACCUAAACGAUGACUGCUUAUCUGGUCGAGUCCCGUCGAUGCCACUGACCUACAAUUUGGGGACCAGGAGAAACUCUUAUGGGCUUCACAAAAUUAACAUGGACAUUGACCCACAACUAUAUGGCGGGGCGCUUUCAAAGGCUCUGUCCUGGUCAGCGGAGAAUAUUUUAACGUUAAACGAGGCCAGAGUAGAAGAAGACGACAAAACGGAUACUCCACCGGCGUCUCCAUCUCCAGUCUCCAGCCCGGGCGCGAGCAUCACCGGCAGCACGCCCCCCUGUACCCAAGUCUCGGACCCCGUCACCCCGCUGGACAACAACUGGAGCUCGCUCCCGAGCCCCAACACACAAGAUGCCAGCUCGGACUCAGACAACGAGCUUGUUCAAAAUAAAGCACACAAAGUGUUGUCACGCAGUCCGUAUGAAAGCAAAUGUGAACAGGAGGAGAGGGAGGACAUUGAGACCAAAGCUGUGGCCACCUCACCUGAUGGAAGAUACCUGAAAUUCAACAUUGAGAUUGGGAGGGGAUCGUUCAAGACCGUCUAUAAAGGACUGGACACAGAGACUACUGUGGAAGUGGCAUGGUGCGAGCUGCAGACGCGUAAGCUGACCAAGGUGGAGCGGCAGAGGUUCAGCGAGGAGGUAGAGAUGCUGAAGGGUCUGCAGCACCCAAACAUUGUCCGCUUCUACGACUCCUGGAAGGACAACUCCAAGGGCCUCAAGUGCAUCCUUUUGGUCACUGAGCUCAUGACCUCCGGCACCCUCAAAACGUACCUGAAGAGGUUUAAGGAGAUGAAGCUGAAGCUACUGCAGCGCUGGAGCCGUCAGAUCCUGAAGGGGCUCCACUUCCUCCACACCCGCACCCCUCCCAUCAUCCACAGGGACCUCAAGUGUGACAACAUCUUCAUCACCGGCCCCACCGGCUCCGUCAAGAUUGGAGAUCUGGGCCUGGCCACACUCAAAAGAGCCUCCUUCGCUAAAAGUGUCAUUGGUACCCCAGAGUUCAUGGCUCCAGAGAUGUAUGAGGAGAAGUAUGAUGAGGCUGUGGAUGUCUAUGCCUUUGGGAUGUGUAUCCUGGAGAUGGCCACAUCAGAGUAUCCCUACUCCGAGUGCCAGAACGCAGCACAGAUCUACCGUAAAGUCACCAGCGGGAUGAAACCAGACAGUUUUUACAAAGUCAAGGUCCCAGAGCUCAAAGAGAUCAUCGAAGGAUGUAUCCGGAUGGACAAAGAUGAAAGGUACACCAUCCAGGACCUGCUGGAGCACACGUUCUUCCAGGAGAACAACGGCGUCCAUGUUGAGUUGGCUGAGGAGGACGACAUGGUGAAGUCAGGCCUGAAGCUGUGGCUCCGGAUGGACGACACCAAGAAGCUGCACGGGAAGUACAAGGACAACAACGCCAUUGAGUUCCUGUUUGAACUCUACAAGGAUGUGCCAGAGGAGGUGGCGCAGGAGAUGGUGGUGCUGGGCUUCGUGUGCGAGGCUGACUUCAAGCUGGUGGCCAAGGCCAUCCGGAACCGUGUCAACGCCAUCAAGCGCCAGCGGGAGAAACUGCGCCUCCUUGCAGAGAAGAAGAAGGAGGCCAUUGAGGAGGAGCCUGAGCCUGCACUGCAGCCGCCCUCCCCGAAAAUCAACAGGUCUCCAUCAAUGUUGGAGACUCCUCAGUGCCCCAUCCUCAUCCCCACCCCGACCCCCACACCUGCCCAGAGCCAGGUUCAGACCCCCCCGAACCCUCUGACCCACACUCUGUCCCCACUCAACAGCUAUCUAAACUUGGGCAUCAAUGCCAGCUUCAUCCCUGAACCAGAGGAACCAGAGGCAGACCAGCAUCAGCACUUCCAGAUCCACCACACCAGCUGCUCCUCAGCCAACUCUGACUGUGAGACAGACGGCUAUCUCAGCUCCUCUGGCCUCCAGGACCCCCUGGAGACAGCGGUCAGCCUCAAAGGGUCAACCCUCAAUGGGACUGGGACUACCUCCCGCAAUGGACACCCUCACCACCACCCCAUCCCAGCCCUUCGCUUUCCCUCUAGUAUUGCAGUAUUGGGUAAUACGGAGCAUGGACACUCUGGAGGACACCCUCCCAGCGGCUUCACCUCACCUGUGGACAGCUACGCCUCUGACAUGAUCUCGGGUUUGAGUGACGUCUAUGAGGGCCUAUCAGAGAGGAGCGGCAAGACUGCUGCCAGGCGCACGGCUGGCAAGCUGUUCCGGAGAAGGGCCCGUUCAAGACUGCGCAUCACUGGGCUCUCUGACAAAGACGACCGGGUGGUGGAGUGUCAGCUGCAGACUCACAAUGACAAGAUGGUUACCUUCAAGUUCGACCUGGACGGAGACAACCCAGAGGACAUUGCAGCUGUCAUGGUUCACAAUGAGUUCAUCCUGCCAGCGGAGAAGGAGGGGUUUAUCCAACGCAUAGGUGACAUCAUCAAGAGGGCAGAGGCUCUGAUGAAGGAGCAUAAGGUCCACGUGGGUGGCGGCCACGGAGCACCACGCCACCACAACGCGGUCAACUCACUAUCCGCGUCCCAGCCCAAUCUUCACAGUCACAUUCUGGAGCGGACACACUCUUCCUACUCUCUACCUGACUUCAGCAUGGCUGGCCCCAGUGUAGGGGUAUGUGACUCUCCCUCAGGGCCCACUGGUGGAGGAGACUUCUUCAGCCCAGCAGACAUGACUUCACCUGCAGGGAGACCUCUAUUACGCUCCCAGUCUUUCCAAAACGCCCCAGGUUCUCCUCACUACUACUACCACCACCCAGCCUCCAUGUACUCCUCAGAGCCCCCCCAGCAGCAGCAACACCAGCAGUACUACCACAUGCCCCCCUUCAUGGGCCACACACACUUCCCCUUCCCCUACCCAGUGAACCCCGGUGCCCCCAAACCAGUGGGGUCCCAUCCUUCCCUCACACGGGUCGCCAGCAACCCCACGUUCCCCUCCGUCCUCUCCCCAGCCCCAGGCUCCCCUGGCGGCCCCCACUCUGAUGCUCCGAGCCCCUCUGAGUACAGCGGUGAGGGGAACCCCCUGACCCUCCCUCCUCACCCCCAGAACCCCAACAUGUGGCCCUCCCACACACAGCCCCUCUUCUCCCUGGCCAACGUAAUCUCCAUGGCAAUGAGCAUGGCUCAAUCCUUCAUCCCUGCCAACAGCCUGGCUAACCAGGGGAUGCCGUCUAUAGCAGGCUUCCACCCCCAGCUAACCCACCCUCAGUCGGUCUACUCGUCCGUCUACUCCCCCCACUACCAGACUGCUCCAGUGGAGCUCCCUUACACCCAGGGUGGGACGCCUGGCCAAGGGCAGCAACACAGUGUCUACCAGGGCCCAGACACUCCACCACAGAUGCAGAGGGAUGGCUCAGUGUCUGUGUACUCUCAAAAUGGACACCCCGGCUGGCAGCAUAAUCACAUAUCUCCCCCUAUGAUGGGCUACAACAGCCCACAGAUGGUAUCACAGCAAGCAGCAUCCAGCCCUCUAUGCCAUUUACAGAAUAGUUCCCAGGGGUCCUACAUGGUUCCUCAGGACCAGUCUGAUGUGUCCAGCUGUGCGUCAGGGUCUGAUCUGUCCCCUUCGUCCCCAGACAGCCCGGAGAGCACAUUAUCAUCGUUCAGCUCAACCACACCAAUAUCGAGACCUACGGUGCCUGAGAUGAACGCCAGUGCUCCCAAGCCCAGACUAUCCCCCAGUUACACAGAUCCCCCGCCUGCUGCCGUCACAGUGGGUCGUUUCCAGGUCACCCCUAGCAUGGAGAUCCCUGUGCCUGCUGCACCAGAUGGACAAGGCUCUAACCCCACCAGGCCCAAGUCAGUGGGCAGCUCCUCCCCAGACCCCACCAGGCCCAAGUCAGUGGGCAGCUCCACCCCAGGCCCCACCAUGCCCAAUUCAGUGGGCAAAUCCACCCCAGGCCCCACCAGGCCCAAGUCAUUGGGCAGCUCCACGACAGGCUCCACCAGGCCCAAGUCAGUGGGGAGCUCCACCCCAGGCCCCACCAGGCCCAAGUCAGUGGGCAGCUCCACCCCAGGCCCCACCAGGCCCAAGUCAGUGGGCAGCUCCACCCCAGGCCCCACAAGGCCCAAGUCAGUGGGCAGCUCUACCACCUCCGAGAGCAGCACAGAGGAGCAGGGGCGGGCAGAAACCAGCCUGAACACCUCCCUCACUCUCUCCCCCCCAGACCGACACCUCCCUGUGGAGGAGGACCGGGAGGUCCAGGUAGGGUGGGCCGGGACCAAAGAGCAGCAGCAGGAAGAGGAGGAGGAAGAAGAGGGGGAAGAAGAUGAUGAGGAGAAGAAAGAGCAGCAGAUAGUAAGAAGGAGGAGUGUGUGUAGUCUCAGUCUGAUGGGUACGUCUGCAGACAGCGGCCUGUCCGUCACGGUGGUGGAUUCAGAGGGGCGUGGCCUGUGGGAGGGAGGUGCAGGGAGCCCUACCUACAACUCGGCCCUGCACCACUUCUGGCUGAGCUACAGCCGCAACUUCACGUACAUGAGCAGUGACGACUCGGAGAGCGAGGACGAGGACAUGCGGGAGGAGUUGCAGGUGAUGAGGGAGAAACACUUGGUGCAGGUGCAGAGUCUCCAGGCCACCCAGAAGAGGGAAAUUGAGGAGCUGUAUGAGAGGAUGGGGAAGGUUCCCCCUGCGGGGAUUGUCUCACCUGCCGCCAUGCUCUCCAGUCGCCAACGCCGUAUCUCUAAGGAGAGGAGUUACCCCUCCACCUCCCGCAGAAACAGCCUGCAGCGCCUGGACAUGCUCCCCCUCCAAGGUAUCAUCAGGAGGAACUCUCUGGGUGGCAGCAACAGCAGCAGCAGCUCUCUGGAGAAGCCCUCUAAAGGGGUGACCUUUGCUUCCGAUGUCAGUAGAAUGUAAGAAUCUUCAGCCAUGCUUGCUGUAGAAUAAGCCGACUACCUCAUCUAAAAUGUGACUGAAAUAAUCAUACCCAUCCUGCUGGAGGAAAGAACUGACAUCACCUCUAAACCCUUU